UUUUUUUGUCCUUUUAUUCAAUUUUCUGCUGGAAUUUUAUUUGGUUUGGUUAAUUCGGGGGCUCUGAGCCUCGUUUUUGUUGAUUUUGUUUGGACGUGAGAGGAGAAACUGAAAGGAAACAAUUUGAUGAAGUCUAGAAGAAAUUUGAUCUCAAAAUGCUUUAUUUUGUGCUAUGAGCUGGUUUUGAUUCUAAUUUUCAGGGAAAUUUGGAAAUUUUGGAGGAGAGGAGGAGGAAGGGGCAGAAAAGGAUGUCUGAAAUUACAUCAAUAGCUAAGAAGUGGGAGGAUAUGGAGACCGAUGUCCUUGUGAAGAUCUUUAAAGAGCUAAACAUGAUUGAGUUGGCGCCUGUCUCUCAAGUUUGCCGUUUAUGGCGGUCAGCAUGUUCCGAUCCAUUGCUCUGGAACACCCUCGACUUGGGCCUGCUCAAAUCCAAUUUCAUACAAACUAGGGCUUCGCCAUUUAUAUGGGUGGAUGAAAGGUCCGACAGGAAGCUUAGUAAGUUACUGAGAAUUGCAAUGGCUCUAAGUCACGGAAAUAUCACCUGCCUGAUAUUCCACUUUAAUCUGUACAUGAAAGAUGAUCACCUUAGUUACAUUGCUGAGAGACAUUACCCUUCUUUGACCUGGAAUUUCUUUAGUCCCUGCUGGUCUAGUUCUAUCCAGAAGACUACUGAAAAGUCGCAUAAUGUAAAAGUUGCUAUUCUCUCUAUAGAGAUCUGUUAUUUAAUAGAAAAGAAGCGUGCGCUGGAAGCUAAAAGGAACUCCAAAAGGUGCCCUCAUCUCAAACGGCUCGUAAUGCCAGCAUGGAACCGAAUAACAAAAACUGGAAUCAGCCUAGCAAUCCGGAGAUGGAAAGAGCUCGAAUCCCUAACAAUGCCUAGCAUUGCUCAUCCUCCCUAUAUAAUGGAGGAAAUAAGCAGGAACUGCAAAAACUUCUCUUCUCUUAAGAUCAUGGGCAACUUUGAUGUCCAUUUUGCUUCAACCAUUGCUUCCUACCUUCCCAAUCUAAAAACCCUAAGUCUACGAUGCUCUAUAUUGACAAAGGAAGCAUUGCUAUUUAUCUUAGACUGCAUGGAUCACUUGGAGAUCCUUAAUGUCUCGCAUUGCUUUCUGCUGGAGAGCCUAUCGACUGUUGGCAGGAAGCAAAUAAUAAAAGAAAUGGACUGUGCGAUUUUGGAGAAAGCGAGAAAGUUGCAUGAGUUUCAUUAUUGUAUGAGUACAUCAUGCGUUACGUGUCAGAGGAUGAUAAGUGAUGAAGGGCUGAUGAGGUGGUAUAGGUACGAGGAGUGGUUUUGGCGCCAGGAUGAGGUGGGCUCUCUAGCGUUGGGGGGAGAUUAUGGCAGGUUGUUUGAUGAGGGAUGUCUCAAUUUGGGGUUUAGAAAUUGAUGGUAGCUUGUUUAAUUAUAUAAUUUUUGGAGGAUGGACUUACCUCAAUAAGAGUGAAUCUCUUGAAACUUUGUUGUGUAGAAGGAUUGAAAUAAGAGAGAUGUGAGGGUAUGAAGAAGAGUGAAAUAUCAGUAUUGUAUUUGUUGUGUAUAUUGUUGAAUUAUGAAUGUUAUUUGUAUCAUGAGUGUUGGAUGCUAUCAAAGUGCCUUUUUACUAGCAGAAAAACGUUUUG